AUGGCAGUGAAUCCAGCAAUAGAUGAAAUCACAAAUAUGGAAACAAGAGAAGCACCACCUGCUCAUUUACUGAUUAAGAUUGAAUCUUUCUCCUUGCUUGGCACGUGUGGAAUUGACAAAUACGAAACCAGGGAAUUUGUGGCCGGAGACUAUAAGUGGAAACUAAUAAUCUAUUUUAAUGGAAAAGAUUGCGAGUAUGUUUCUGUGAACUUGGCUAUGGCGGACACAAGUUCGGAUCUUCCUGCAAAUUGGGAGGUCAAUGUUGUCUUCAGCUUCUUUCUCUAUAAUCAGAUUUCCGGCAAUUAUCUUUCUUCACCGGAUCCAUCAAAUGGUUACCUAGUCAACGACAACUGUGUGUUUGGUGCUGAGGUUUUUGUAGUAAAAAAAGACGCCAUCAUUGAAUGCGUGUCUUUGAAUAAUAUCAAUAUUCAUUACAAGCAUGAUUUGAAGAUUUCGGACUUCUCCAAAUUGAACGAAAGAUUGUUUUCUGAACAAUUCAUAGCCGGAGGUCAAAAGUGGAAGAUUAUUCUUGAUCCGAAAGGAAGUGGAAUGGGAACCGGCAGCCAUGUUAGCAUAUUUCUGAGCUAUCUUGGUUUAGAAAGAGUGCAGCUACUAGUUAUUGGUUUUCAGCUGUCAGCAAUGGUUAUGGAUGGCCUGCAUGCAUUGAGCUUGCAACUAUUAAUGAUCCAAACAAAGGAUUCAUAG